AUGCUGCGAGCGAGCGCUUCUCGUUGCCUCUCAGUCGGAAAUAACGCGCUCCGUUGCUUCUCGGCCGGAAAAGACAAUCUGCCGGUCACCAGAACGCACGGUGCCAAAAAAAUUGAGCUCAAUGACAUCCUUGAAAAGCCGACGCAAAAAGUGAGUUAUUUAUCAGCUUGUAAAUAGAGAAAAUGCUUUUUUUUUCUGCAGACGCCAGUGAACGUUUCCGCCGACGAGACGAUGGAAAUUGCUGGUGUCCCACUUGAGCAUCAGGAUGCGCGCACUGCCCGAAUCUUCCGUCCGGCAAGAGAAGCUACACAGAGUGCUUGGGGCAACACCAAGUCGUGGACUAUCGAGCUUGACAAUCGCCAACGAUGGGAGAAUCCGCUGAUGGGAUGGUCCGGAACGUAGGCUUUUUCCUAUUGAGAUUUUCCACUCACUAACAAAUUUUUUAGCGCUGAUCCACUCUCAAACGUUGGAAUGGAUCUUAAAUUUGCUUCGAAAGAAGACGCCAUUGCUUUUUGCGUGAAGAACCGCUGGGAGUUCGACGUCGAGGAGCCUCACGAGAGACAGAUUAAGGCGAAGAACUACGGUCAGAACUUCUCGUGGAACAGAAGAACCAGAAUUGGAACCAAGUAAACGAAUCAAAUCCGAUUUUUAGACAUUUCCUUUUGUUUUCCUCUCGACUAUUGUGUAGAAAAGUAAAGAUUGUAUUUGGUCUCGUAUUGUUAAAAAUUAUCUAAUUGGCUCUUAAUCCGAUUUUUUUUCUCAUUCCCCGCUUUGGCAAAUCAUCUCUAAUUUUGUCUUCAGAUGUCGUUAGUACAUUUGCCGGAAUCAAAAAGAGGAAAUCCUCAAGAACAGACGUCGACGGUGCAGAAGUUGCUCGAUGAAAAUUCGAGACUCAUCGAUAUAAUACAAGAUUAUCUGAGAGCUGCUCGUGCCAACGAAGCCGUCAAGUAUCAGACGGCGUUGCAUCGGAACCUAAAGCUUCUCGGCAACUUGGCCGACUCUUUUCUUCUCUCACAGGACGCUCGGCCCGGUGUUUCUCACGCCUACGACCAGCAAAUUGUGGGUAAUUCGAACGAUGCACAAAUGCAGCAUCAGUAUGAGUAUCAGUCCCAAGGUGAGCUGUAUAUGCUACGAGCUUCUUGUUAAUUUGUCAAAGUUUAUUGGUAUUCAGAUAUGCCUGGCACGUCCGGAGCACCGCCAGUCGUAUACGAGCCGUAUGAUCAAGGAGUGAUACAUUCACAACAAGAACCUCUGCCGGCAGGAUUUCCGAGCACAGAAAGUGCAGUUCGACGGUUGACAACGACUGAAAAACGAAAAUGACAUAUUGAACACUUUUUGCCAAUUCAUCUAAAAUAUUCGCAGAGACAACUGGUACAAAAUGAAGAUUUCUCACUGGUUGUUUCAUAUUUAUUGGUUGUUUAUGUGGUUUUUCAAUCCUCUCCACUAUUCUUUUCUGCCAUAUAUUCUUUGUUUUUACCAACUCAAAAAAAUUCAGAUGUCCUUGCCACACGCACCGGGAGGGCAACGGAACGGUCAAGAUCCACAAGCGGCAGUGCAAAAGCUGCUCGACGAGAACUCUAGGCUAAUAGAUAUCAUUCAGGAGUAUCAAAAACAGGUUUUUUCAUACAUUUUAUCAUCUUCUCGAACGAUUAAUUUUUUUUAGAAUCGAGCAGACGAAGCGGUGAAACAGCAACAAACCCUUCAUCGGAAUCUCGUUCAUCUCGCCAAUCUUGCUGAUCCGCACCUUCUAAAUCAGCUGAAAGACGACGCGACACUUCAAGCAGAAGCUCAGGCCCAAGCACAAGCCCAGCAGCACGCGCAAGCACAGGCAUUGCAGGCCGCUCAGUACCAGCAACAGCAGCAACAGGCAGCCGCUCAUCAUGCCGCUGCACAGGCUGCCGCGGCCGCUCACCACCACGCGCAGGCACACGGAAUGGUUCCUCAACAACCGGCUCCGAGUCCUGGAGGUCCAGGUCAUUCCGGAAUGCCACCACCGCCACACGGAUUCGCGCCGCCGCCGAUGGGCGGUCCGCAGGAUAUGAUGAACCAUCAGGCGUAUCAGGCACAGAUGCGCGCCCAGCAACAGCAGCAAGGCCUGCCUCCGCAAGGAUAUCCGCAGUUCGGACAGCCGGCACCACAGAUGGGCGGUCCGCCGCAAAGGAUGCCAUAUCCGUAUCAAGGUAAGAAGUAUUCUGAGCAGAGAUUUCUCACGAUCAAUUGUUUCAUGUUAUGUAGGCAUGCCCGGAUACCCAGGAGGACAGCCACCGCCACACGGCUACGAAGGAUAUCCACCGCAUCCGGGAGCGAUGCCGCCAGGACAACCGCCCCAAGGAUACAUGCGCUGA